AUGAAGGGUCGCAGUGGAGAAUGGACGGAGGUCCGACGAAGGAAACUGGAGAAGUACAACAGUACGAGACCAAACCCACUCACUAACAUCUACGUAUAUGGCUUUCCUAUAGAUACUAGGAAAGACGAACUGUGGAAGUCGUUCACCAGAUUCGGGAAAGUGGUAGAUGUGUAUAUGGCCGGAAAGAAGGACUUCUACAGGAAGUACUUCGAUUUUGUUAGAUUUAUGGAGGUGAAGGAUGAAACAAAGCUUGAGAACCAACUACAAGGUAUCAAGUUAAGGGAUAUAGUGCUCACGGUAAACCUGGAGAAACACAAGAGAAAGACGAUUCAGUUCCACAAUCUCCCCUGUUGCCGCCUACGGUCUAUGCUUCCCAUGACCGGAGAACUUAUGCUCAGGUUGCUGCCGGUACCAAAUCAUCGGUUAACCUACCUUAAGACAUCGGUGAUUCUUAACACUAAUACUUACAUGAGCAAAUGGUUGAAUAAAAGGGCCUUAAUCGGAGAAGCUCAUGGUUUUGAUCAUAUCGGGAAUCUCCCGACAUCCCUACUCAUGAAUGAAAACACCAAGUAUCUUGGUGGGUUGAACAUGACGCUCAGUUUUGGAUACUCUGUUGAUGCAGAUGACUUUCUGAAUGAUGAAUCUAAAUGGAGAGAUUGGUUCUAA